UGGAGGGCAUGCAGGGCGCUCCGGCCGUGCGCCGUGGUCUUGGCGCGGUCCCCGGGGACCCGGGCCUGCGGCGGGGGCGGGGGCGUCUCCUACACGCAGGGCCAGACCCCAGAGCCCCAGACGCGAGAGUAUUUUUAUUAUGUGGAUCAUCAGGGCCAGGUGGGCCGGGAGCGUGGCCGGAGCGGGUGCACCGGUUAGAGAGCUUUUCCUGGAUGACUCCAAAAUGAAGAACUUCAUCACCUGCUUCAAAGACCCACAGUUCCUGGUCACCUUCUUCUCCCGCCUGAGACCCAACCACAGCGGUCGCUACGAGGCCUCUUUCCCCUUCCUCUCGCCCUGCGGCAGAGAGCGCAAUUUCCUGCGCUGCGAAGACCGGCCGGUGGUCUUCACGCACCUGCUGGCCUCGGGCUCCGGGCCCCCGCGUCUCUCCUAUUGCGGCGGCGGUGAGGCCCUGGCCGUGCCCUUCGAGCCGGCGCGUCUGCUGCCUCUGGCCGCCAACGGCCGCCUCUACCACCCCGCGCCAGAGCGAGCGGGCGGCGUGGGUCUGGUGCGCUCCGCCCUAGCCUUCGAGCUUAGCGCCUGCUUCGAGUACCCGCCCGGCGCGCCCGCGCUGCCCUCACACGUGCGCUGGCAAGGCCGCCGCCUCGCCCUCACCAUGGACCUGGCCCCGCUGCUGCUCGCCGCCUCGCGGCCCUGAG